GUCUGUGCCCCUCUUUAGAUUCUGGCGACGCCAUAAUUAAAUCUUCCACAUAACCCCACUUCCAAUUCAAUCUCUUCAAGCUCAAGUUCCACAACAGCAGCAGCCAUGGCUUCCUGCUCCACAUCUUCAUGCCUCAUCUUCUCCUUCUCCCUGUUUCUCCUCAUCCUCUUCUCCUCUGCGACAACUGACACAAUUUCUGCAAACCGGUCUCUCUCUGGGAACCAAAACAUCACCUCCAAAGAUGGCAACUUCAGGCUCGGCUUCUUCGUGCCAUCGGGUAGCCCCUCCCUCAGCUACUACGUCGGCAUCUGGUACAAUAAGAUCCCUUUGCUCACCCCCGUGUGGGUGGCCAACAGAGCCUCCCCUGUCACAGACCCAGCCAUGUCGGAGCUUAGAAUCUCCGGCGAUGGCAACCUCGUCCUCCUCGUCAAUCACUCCAAUACCGGUGUCAUAUGGUCUACUGACGCUUCCACGUCCAACUCCACGGUCGUCGCUGUCAUCCUUGACACUGGUAAUCUCCAGCUCAGGGAUGAAUCCAACUCCUCUCUCGUCUUCUGGCAGAGCUUCGACUACCCCACCGACACUUGGCUUCCCGGAGUCAUGGUCGGGUUCAACAAGCUCACCAAAAGAUCCCAACGUCUCACUUCCUGGAAGAACAAAGUUGACCCUGCUCCUGGACUCUUCACUCUCCAGAGCGCUCCAACCGGUGCAACCUCUCAGUAUUUGCUUUUCUGGAAUUUGUCGAAGGAAUAUUGGACCAGCGGAAUCUGGGACGGAGACGUCUUCCCUUCUGUCCCGGAGAUGAGCUGGAGAGGCGUCGUCAGCUUCACGUUCAUCAACAACACUGAGGAGACCUAUUUCAUCUACUCUGCCAAUGAUCCCAACCUGAAGAUUAGAUUUGUCAUCGAUUCUGAGUCCGGCCAGAUGGUCGUUUUAACGUGGAUGGAGAAUACACAAUCAUGGAUGUUCUGCUGGGCUAUCCCCAAGUUUAGCUGCUCAGUGUAUGCGAGCUGCGGACCUUUCGGUAGCUGCAGUUAUAUGAGCAGGCCUUCUUGCAGUUGUGCCAGGGGUUACAGAGUGAGGUCCCAAAAUGAGUGGGAUUUUGGUGAUAGAAGUGCAGGAUGCGAGAGGAUCACUCCUUUGCAAUGCGAACAAAACGCCAAUAAUUCUGGGAAAGAUGGCUUCUUUGAGAUGACAAACGUUAGGCUACCUGAUAGCCCCAACACUUUGGCCAUGGCUGCAAGUAGGGAAGGCUGCGAGUUGGCUUGCAUGAGUAAUUGCUCCUGCAAUGCUUAUUCCUACAAAGGUAGUAGCUGCUUUGUUUGGCAUGGAGGGUUACUGAAUGUGCAAGAACAAUAUAAUCAAGCUGAUGCAGGUACUCUUUAUCUGCGCUUGGCUGCCUCGGAGUUGCAAUCUUCUGAAAGAAACAAGAAGAGAGUGGUGAGUUUGGUUAUCAUCGGUGCCAUUGUUCUAGCCAUCUUGUUUUCUAGCGUUCCUGCCAUUUUGAUUGUGAUGAAGAAGCGAGAAAGUAGGCGGAUGAUUGAGAAAGCAAAGGCUAUGCAGAGCGGUCUCGUCUCGUUCACGUACAAUGAGCUGCAGCAAGCCACACGGAAGUUCUCAACGAAGCUCGGGGGAGGAGGCUUUGGAUCCGUGUUCAAAGGGUCUUUGCCGGGGUCUAAUGAUAUCGCCGUGAAGAAGCUCGAAGGCCUUGGUCAAGGAGAGAAGCAGUUUCGAACAGAGGUGAGCACUGUCGGGAGGAUCCAACAUGUCAACCUCGUUCGUCUACUUGGAUUUUGCUCUCAGGGAUCGAAACGGCUUCUCGUGUAUGAGUUCAUGCCAAAUGGAUCCUUAGACUCCCAUCUCUUCCGCAACGCCCCUUCCUCUCAUUUGAGCUGGAAGACAAGAUACCAAAUCGCAAUCGGCAUCGCGAGAGGAAUAGCCUACCUACACGAGCAAUGCAGAGAGUGCAUCAUACAUUGCGACAUCAAGCCGGAGAACAUUCUCUUGGAUGCCUCGUUCAACCCCAAGCUGGCAGAUUUCGGUCUCGCGAAGCUCAUGGGACGAGACUUCAGUCGAGUCCUCACGACUUUGCGAGGAACCAAGGGCUAUCUCGCCCCCGAAUGGAUUACCGGCGUCGCCAUCACAGCGAAAGCCGAUGUCUAUAGCUACGGAAUGGUGCUGUUGGAGAUCAUCUCGGGAAGGCGAAACCUGGAGCAAACAACAGCAGAAGAAGCUGGCACAAGGUAUUUCCCAACGUUUGCGGCGAGCAAACUGAUCGAAGGCGACGCUGCGGGUGUGCUGGAUAGCAAGUUGGGGCCAGAAGAAGUUAACAUAGAAGAGCUGGGCAGAGCUUGCAAGAUCGCUUGCUGGUGCAUUCAGGAUGACGAGAGCUGCAGGCCAUCGAUGGGGCAGGUCGUUCAAGUGCUCGAAGGGAUAAUCGAUGUCCAUGCGCCUCCCAUCCCAAGAUCACUUCUUCUGCUUGCUUCUGAUGUUCCUCAGCCUAUCAAUUUCUUCUUCGAGUGCACAUCAAACCGAACCAAUUCAAAUUGCUCCGGGACCAAAAGCCACACAUCAAGUAGCUCUAUAAUAAAUGAGAAAUCUUAAGGAAAAUAAUCAUGAAAUCUAUCCAUCUAUAUAUAUCAUAAUUUUCUUAGACCACCAAAAUAUAUAGAU